GCGGUUACACUUUCUAAAACAUACCAGCCAUACAUACACAAAGCUGUUCAGCAUAUUCAGAGGGCUGUGGACAGCCUCUGAGGGGAUGCACAUUUUCAGAAGUAAACUAAAGACAAUACAAGGAAAUAGGAAGCCCCCUGUGCAUAGGCCAGGCUUUCAAAAGUUUCCCAGAAAACUAAUGUGAAAGUCAAGCCACAGAGCUUGUUUAAGUCCACCACUCAGGCCUGGAAUAACGCAUUUGGCCACUUGGGAACUGGAAAAGGUAAAUCCAAAGUAAUGGCUGAAGCAAUCCCACUGCGAGAAAAGAAGCAGAAAACUCUACCUCGGUCUGAUGGGUGUGGUCUGAAUAACUUUGACGCUCUGGAUUUGACUGGAGGGUUGAGGAUAGUUCUGGUGGGGAAGACCGGAUCAGGGAAGAGUGCAACAGGAAACACCAUCCUUGGGAGAGCUGCCUUCAAAGAGGACCCGAGCCCUGUGUCUGUGACCAAGCACUGUGAGACACAGAGCGGGGAAGUGGACGGGACUGUGGUCCAGGUGAUUGACACUCCAGGUCUGUUUGACACAGCCAUCACAGAGGAAGAAUUAAAAACCAGAAUAGAAGAGUGCGUCAAGAUGUCGGUGCCCGGCCCUCACGCCUUCCUACUGGUGAUCAGGCUCGGAGUAAGGUUCACCGAGGAGGAAAGAAAUGCUGUGAAGUGGAUCCAGGAUAACUUUGGAGACGAUGCCUCCAUGUACACUAUCAUGCUGUUUACAUGUAAAGAUCAGGCUAAAGCUGACAAUGCUCUGAAGGAGUGCAAGGAGCUGCGGAGACUCUCAAUUACAUUUGGACGCAGAUACCACGCCUUCAACAACAACGACGCAGAUGACCAAGUGCAGGUCAAAGAGCUGAUCACCAUGAUCAAGGAAAUGAUACAGGAUAACGGGGGGAAACACUACACUAAUGAGAUGUAUGAGAAAGCCCAGAAGAAGCUGAGAGAGGAGGAGGAGCGGAGGAAACAAGAGGAGGAAGAGAAGAAAGAGGAGGAGAGGAAAAUGUGGGAUGCAGAGAGAGAGAAGAAAGAGAAAGAGAAAGAAAAGGAGAAAAAAGUUAGAAGAAACAAUGUACGCGUAGCCUCGGCUGCUGCUGUUAUGUUGGUGGUAGCUGGGGUGGUUAUAGCAGUGGGAGCUGACACCACAGUGGCUUUGGCUCUAGGAGCUCCUGUGCUUGUCCUGGGAGUGUUAUGUGGUUUAGUUGCAUUUUGCAUAUGGAAGGGCAUAAGAUGCAAGGCCAAAGCAGAUGUUCCAGUAUAGGCGGAGGCUAGUGACAAGGACAUGUUGAUCCAUCUGCAGUAUGUGACACUGAAUAAACUGUAUGGCACACAUUACUAUUUACUGUUGAGAACUUAUCAGUGAAUGAUGUUGUUUUGGCCUUUUCUGCAUUCUGCUUCCAAAAUGAUUAAGUUUUGACACAACUUGGCAAUAACACAAGUAUGUGAAUUUAAUGCUGACAGUAAACAAACGGUAUGAAAAGCAACACUUGUUUUCUUUUUGUUUGUUUUCUUUUCAUUCAUUUAUUGUUUGGAGCUUAUAUAUGAAACCCACAUCAUGAGUUAUGCUUGAACAGAUAUUUUCUGUUCUCAUUCUCAUAAAUGAUGUUAGAACUUAUUGACAUAUUACUAUAAUAUCAUAGAUCUCAUACAUUUGUAAAUACAUUUUUGCAUAAUUUAUGCUUUAAUAACUUAUGAUAAUUGGUCAAAUAAAAUAUUCAUGCAGAUGAAUUACUUUUCCUUAUUUAAACGAUGAUGUGCUAUUUCGUUGCUUUAUUAUUAGUAACAUUACGAGCUCACUUCCCUAAAGGAAAGGAGAGACAAUGGUAAAUGUCCGCCUGACCGAUCACAUUGAAGUGAGGAAACAGCGCAACCCCUCAUUAUGCUGCCACUACAUCACUGCCAAUACACACCAUCUUCAACAAAAUGACCAAGAAAGGCCUUAAAAUGGUGAGCUAUAGGCCAGUCUGUGUCAGCCACAUAUUGAUCAUAGUAAGGGUAUAUUAGCUUUUUUUAUGUAGUGAUGAAGCUGAAUCCCAUUUCUUUACAAACGUUUGGACAAUGAAAAAACUUCCAUAAACUUCCAUUAGUUAAAUUUCGUAAAGUAGUUUAAACACUAAAUUGCUAAUACCUUCAGUAGUGUGAAAUGGUUAUAAAAUGAAAUGUGGGUGCUUAUCAGAUGCACUAAUCAGUGGUUAGCUUGACAUGUUUGUUCCAGACUGCAUAACCCAAAUCUGCAAUGAAAUGAGUACAUGGUGUCAUAUCAUUUUUCAUGUCUGAGGAAGAUACAAGAAGCACAAAACAGGUUAACAGAAUCAGAAUGAUAAAGUUAAUCUUUAUAUUGCAUAAUUUUGCAGGUCUGGCAUAUUAAGUCUUCAACAAGUUAAAUAGUGUAUUUUCAUCACAUAUGUAAAGAUAAUUAAUGCCUAAACAAUUAAUGCCUUUUAUUCCUAAAGUGGCAAAUUUGAAAGGCUUUUAUAGUAAUGCAUGAAACGCAAAUUCACCAUCUUUGGGUGUCUUUUUUCUGUGAAUGAUGUGAAUGUGAUGCCUGUGUUCCUGUAGAGCCAGUUUUCCCAAUCAGUUUGAGAUCUUCUUUAAAUAAGGCUGUGGUUCUAUUUCCUCUUUGCUGCACCUCUCUCUUUACAUAUCUGUCUUUUCUUAGCAGGUGCUCUGAAUGUGGGUGUGGUUACCAGGAUCAACGGUGUUCAGUAUGUUCCCUUUGCUUGAAUUAAACUAUGAGCCAUCAUGAAGGCAUUUUGGCAGCUAUAACUACCCUUUACAUUGUGAUGAUAGAGAGUACCAUCAUGUUCAGAAAACCUUAAAACAUUUCUUGUAAAACAGACGUAGUAAAGUAUUAUAAUCAUACUUGUAAUGCUGUAGGAGAUUAUACACGCAUUAUAAUGCAUUGUGUACUUAAGUUUGGCAAAAUACUAAUGGGUUUUCUUGCCAAGAGUUAGAUGAGCAGAUCGAUACCACUCUCAUGUCUUUCCGUUAAAUAUGAAUACAAAAAUAUAAAUAAAUAUAUAAAUUUAAAAAAAAAUAAUGGGAAGGUCAGCAGUUCAAUCCCGGCUUCCCCCAGCCCACAUGUCAAAGUGUCCUUGGGCAAGACACUGAACCCCUCCCUUCGGUGUGUGUGUGUGUGUGUGAAUGGUUUGUUACUUCUUUGAACUGAUGAGCAGUUAGCACCUGCCAUCCGUGUGUGAAUGGGGUAAAUGUGAUAUGUGACAUGCUUUGAGUUGUCGGAAAGACUAGAAAGGCGCUAUACAAGUAAAGACCGUUCAUACAGCCAGCGGCUGGUUAGCUUAGCUUAGCACAAAGACUGGAAACAGCUAGCCUGGCUCUGUCUAAUGAGCAGUGUCAAAAUUCAAAUGGGUGAAUAUGAUGGAGUUCUGUUUCUGGCCACCUGGCGAAUGUCCAAUAUUCAAUCUCCUUUCAGCUUUGUUUUAGUUUCCACUAAGAGUUUAACUAACUCCAGAGGAACAUAUCUAUAUCUGAACCUACAAUGGUUCUGUCAGUGUCAGUGUCAGCUUACUCUUAUGAUUUCCUGACUGGAUUUAUUUCAAACAACCCACAGUGUGGAGCCCUAGAAGCUUUUGUGAUAAUUCUUGCUUUCAUAACUGGGAUUUUCAUGUAAUACAGAUUUUGGUACAACAUCAAACAAACUUUCUGAAGUUGUUGUCACGUUGUUUUAUUUUAUUCUUACAAAUCA